GCGCCGGCCAGGGUGGGGGGCGCGCGCCGCUGCGGCACGGCCGGUCCCCGCGGCGGCUCCUCGAGGCGCGGUGUGCGCGCGCCUCCCGGGCGGGUUCGGGCCCCGAGCGCGAGAGCGCGGCGGGAGCGUCAGGAUUUUUUUCUGGUCAAGCAGACAGUUCAGGAUACAGAAUCCAAGGAUGAAUGUUCACCGUGGCAGUGAGAGCGACAGGUUAUUGCGGCAGGAGGCUGGCUGCCUGACGGAUGAAAGCCCAGCUGCGGCACAAGAGAAAGAAACAAAUAGCCCGGCUUCUUCUGGUCUUCAGAACCUUACUUAUCCUCUAGGCCCCAGGAGCGAUGACCUUUCACUUGACUAUGCCUCUCAGCCAGCAAAUCUCCAGUUCCCUCACAUAAUGCCACUUCCCGAAGACAUCAAAGGCUCCUGCUUCCAAAAUGGGAAUAAGCGGAACCAUGAACCCUUUAUGGCUCCAGAACGAUUUGGAAACAGCACUGUGGGCUUUGGCAGUAACGUUCACUCCCAGGCGCCAGAGAAAGUGACACUUCUUGUAGAUGGCACACGUUUUGUUGUGAAUCCACAAAUUUUCACUGCUCAUCCGGAUACCAUGUUGGGAAGAAUGUUUGGACCAGGAAGAGAGUACAACUUCACUCGGCCCAAUGAGAAGGGAGAGUAUGAGAUUGCUGAAGGAAUCAGUGCAACUGUAUUUCGAACCGUGCUGGAUUAUUACAAAACUGGUAUCAUUAAUUGUCCAGAUGGCAUCUCUAUUCCAGACCUUAGAGAUACAUGUGAUUAUCUCUGCAUAAACUUUGACUUCAACACUAUCCGAUGUCAAGAUCUGAGCGCUUUACUGCAUGAACUGUCUAAUGAUGGUGCUCACAAGCAGUUUGACCACUACCUCGAAGAGUUGAUCUUGCCCAUCAUGGUGGGCUGUGCCAAGAAAGGGGAGCGAGAGUGCCACAUCGUCGUGCUGACGGAUGAGGAUUCUGUGGACUGGGAUGAAGACCACCCCCCUCCCAUGGGGGAGGAAUAUUCCCAAAUUCUUUAUAGCUCCAAGCUCUAUAGAUUCUUCAAAUAUAUUGAGAAUCGUGAUGUCGCUAAAACAGUGUUAAAGGAGCGGGGCCUGAAAAACAUUCGCAUUGGAAUUGAAGGUUAUCCUACCUGUAAAGAAAAAAUUAAGAGAAGACCUGGUGGCCGAUCUGAAGUAAUCUAUAAUUAUGUGCAGCGCCCCUUUAUCCAGAUGUCAUGGGAAAAGGAAGAAGGGAAGAGUCGCCACGUGGAUUUCCAGUGUGUCCGAAGCAAAUCCCUCACUAAUCUGGUGGCUGCUGGAGAAGAUGUCUUAGAGGACCAGGAGAUAUUAAUGCACCACCCACCCCAAGUGGAUGAACUUGACCGGCUGAAUGCCCCACUUUCUCAGAUGGCUUCUAAUGACUUUCAAGAUUAGGGCCAGCUGUGGACCUACCCCUCUUCGGAGCACAUCUCUGUCCAGAAUGUCCACAGCCAGUCCUCCCAUGGUUUGUCUCACCCUGAAUAGGAGACAUGCUUCUCCAUCCUCUCCCUUUCUCCCACAAAUAACCUGUGUCCUUUUCAUUACUGAGAAAUCUGUGCCUCCGGCAGGGGAUGAAAGGCACUCACUGGCAAAUAAGCCACCAGCUUGGCAGUGGCCCUGGUAACUUGAAAAUUUGGGGUCUGGUGCUGUUUACUCAGUCUUUGCAUAACUGCAAAAAGCAGGAAAGGAAGUCAAGACUCCUGUUGCCUCCUAUUCAUCAAAGCAGUCCUCAUCCUUUACACUUUGUUCUUGGCUUUUGUUUUGUUUGUUUUAUACCAGGCGAAGUGAAUUACUGAGCAGCAAAGGGACCAGACUUUAAGAAGAGACAAUCUCUGGCUUCCACAACCAGGUACUAACGGGAUUCUUAUUCAGGAUUUAAUGAAGAUGCCAUUCCUGGUGGCCUCUGUGCCCAGAUUGCAUCCGGAAGACCUAGGCUGUCAUCAAAAUGUCCAAAAGGAAAUUUCUUAAAGAGUUUAAGUUCAGCUUUGUUUUUCAUUAAUGCGACGAAUAAUUCAAAACCAUACAGAUUCUUUGACAGGAACUCUAGUAAUAGCGGAACAGUGUUUAUGAAACCUUUUUAGGCUCAAGGUUUUUGAGCCAACACAAAUCAAUUAUUUGGAAUGAAAUUCACAACUCAAGUACAAGAACCUCUCCAAAUCAGGCCACUUUGAUCAUCCUGUCUCGGAAUCUGGUGUGAAGCCUUUAGGUCUUCACCCUAGGGCAGCACAUUGCUAUGGGUGUGGCUGGGAAACCUCAGUUGAUACGGUUUAAAGGUUUUCAAGAGAUGAGCAGAAAUUUCUCACAAGUGCUUAGUUUCUCAACAGAGACUUCUAAAAGCUCCAGGGAAGGGGACAUUUGGGGUGAAGCUGAGUGCGGAAACAUCACCUCACAGGCUUUGUCCCAACACAGGAUUUUUCUUUGUAUGUUCUUUUCAUACUGUGGAAUUCUUUUGGAUAUCAGGAUAUUUGUUUUUGAAGUAGCCAGUUACACAGCUCACACUGCGUAAAGAAACCGUACUACUGUCAUCCCCAAAGGAAGGAUGAGUUGAAGGGAUAUUACACCUAGUAAUUUUGUUUGAUCUGUCGGCUCUUGUGUUAAUAAUGCAUUGGUGUAGGACAACCGAGAUCACUCCCCCCAAGUACUAAACCAUUUUCCGUUAUGUCCCCAUGGCUAUUAGCAGAGCUAAAUUUCAAGUCUAGAGCCAGAUGUUAAGUGUCUGGGGAUAAUUUGUCAUUUUGUGGUAAAGGUGGUCUUCUUAUCACCUACCCAGAACCUUUACUCAUCACAAAUUUCAAAGAGGUACAUAGUUUCCUUAAGAUCUUUAAGAUAAUGUGACUAGUUUUCUUAAAUUCCAUUCCCAUAAGAUACCAUAGGACAAGUUAGUGGAUUCCUUUUUUUUUUUUUUUUUUUUUAACUGUUUAUUUUUUUGAGAGAGACAGAGACAAUGCACGUCGUUGGGGCAGAGAGAGAGGGAGACACAGAAUCUGAAGCAGGCUCCAGGCUCUGAGCUGUCAGCACAGAACCUGACAUGGGGCUCGAACUCACAAGCUGUGAGAUCAUGACCUGAGCCGAAGUCGGAUGCUCAACCUACUGAGCCACCCAGGUGCCCCAGUGGAUUCCAUUUUAUGACUGCCUUAGUCCUAGUCCUCCAAAAGUAAAGUCAGAUGGAUGUCAAAAGCUGCUCUUUCCAGGCUUGAAGAACAAGAAUGUUCUUAAGAAGUGUGUUGUCUUGUGCAUGUGACCGGCAGCACAGUGGAAAUCAAUGCUCUGUUCAUUACUCGUAAAGAAGUAGAAGUAAGGGGUUAAACUGAGCCAUCUCCCACCUACAGAGUUCUUCUGACUACCACUGGCAUCCAGUUUGUAAGGCUGAUGGCAAGGGUUAAAGUUUAGGAUUAGUGUUUUUUGUAGCCAGAGGUUACUUUUAGGUCUGUGAAACUCAUGGACUCAUUUGUCAGGUUUGGCUUUAACCUUACCAGCCCUACACUCAUACCCACUAAUUGACCAGCCCAGAUAAUUGUUUAAUGGUGCUUUAUGCUUAUCAGUUGACUUCCGUGCCAUCACAGAGGAAGUUAGAAUUAACUGUGUGGUCUGGUAAGUAUAACUUCUGUUGUACAUCUUAUGUAUUAACAUUUAAGUACAAACAUGCCGCAGCUAAUACUCUAAAACUCAUUAGUUCUUGCUUAGGUAAAAAGCCAGGUAUGAAAGUAUGUCAUGUACUUAAUAACACUUUGUUCUAUGUAAAUGAUUAGUUUCCUCAGGCUUUCAAGGAGUAGUUCUUUUUUCCUCCCCAGAUUGGGUUCAUGUGCAUUUGG